ACCAUCAUUCACACACACCUUUGGGACUCGGACUCGACCACCCACUCACGCGUGUUACCUAUUGACUUUUCCCUUUCAAGAACUAUUGACGGCGGUUUUGGCUUGCAGUACCUAAAUUACUCUUAGCUUUUUUCACAUGUCUUGAGAUUCCCCGCACCAAGAAGAGAAGCAGCUCUCUCAUAUCACCGAGCCAAGCACAGCACUCUUGUGUUUGUUGCCCACCAUGAUCAACCCCAUCUCGUUCCGGCCGGGGCCGGUGACGUUUUGGACGACGCUGGUCUACCUCGCCCUGCUGAUCCCGAUUGUCAUCAUCAACGAGACGGUCCCCCCCGCGCCGGCGGCGGCGGACGAUGGCAAGAUUGAGGGGGUGAACCUGACGGAGGCGUGGCUGGACCUGACGAGGAUCACGAGGGGGUAUCAUCCGUAUAACAGCAAAUUUAACGAGGAGGUGAGGGGGUAUUUGCUGGGGAGGGUGGGGGAGAUAUUGGAGGGGAGUGAGGUGGGUGGGAAGAAGGGAAAUGUGACGGUUUUUGAUGAUUUGAGGAGCAAUGUUACGGGUUUGAUGGCGGGGAGCGUGGUGCCUACGCCGGGUAGUGCUCAGGUGGCGGCGUAUUUUGAGGGGACGAAUAUUUUGGUUUAUGUUAGGGGGAAGGGGGAUGAUGAGGGGGAUUGGUGGAGGAGUGCUGAUGGGGGAGAGGUGGAGGGGGUGAGGAAGAAUGAGAGGGGCUUGGUGUUGGUUAAUGCGCAUUACGACUCGGUUUCGACUGGGUAUGGUGCUACGGAUGACGGUAUGGGUGUUGUUACCUGCCUGCAGGUGAUCAAAUACUUUGCUCACCCGGAUCACCAGCCGGAAAGGGGCAUUGUGGUGAUGCUUAACAAUGGCGAGGAGGAUUACCUGUACGGUGCGAGAGCGCUGGGACAGCACCCGUUGAAUCCGUAUAUCCAUACGUUCUUGAAUCUUGAGGGUGCCGGUGCUGGAGGACGGGCAAAUCUUUUCCGGACUACGGACAGAGAGGUCACGGCUGCGUAUGCUGGGACUUCGGACCCCUUCGGCACGGUCAUUGCUUCUGAUGCCUUUGGGCUUGGGUUCAUCAGGAGCGGUACUGACUACUCGGUGCUUUACGACGUGUAUGGGCAGCGAGGACUCGACCUUGCUUUCUUCAAGCCUAGAUCGAGAUACCACACCAAUAGGGACGAUGCUACUCACACGUCGAAGGCCAGUCUUUGGCAUAUGCUCAGCGCGGCUAUCCACACGACCAGUAAGCUCUCGGGGGAUACUGGGGAUACCUUUGUUGGCGCUCGGCCUGAUGGCGCCCGCAACAAGGUCCGCAAUGGCAGCCCAAGCAACGGAGUGUGGUUUGAUCUCUUUGGCAAGGGGUUCGUCAAUUUUGGCCUGAGAGGCAUGUUUGCCUGGUCGCUGACGGUGCUGGUGGCCACGCCUCUGAUCUUGGUGUUGGCCACGUACAUCCUUCACAAACUGGACAAGUACUACUUUUUCACCUCAAGCGUCAGGACGUAUGAUCAGCCUGACUUUGAGCCAGUGUUGGUCGGCGGGUGGAAAGGUGCUUUUCGGUUCCCCUUCGCGUUUAUUGUUUCUGGGGCGCUGUCGCUUGCGGUGGCCUUCUUGAUGAGGAAAGUGAAUCCUUUCAUUAUCUACAGUCAUCGGUAUUCUGUGAUCGCUAUGAUCUUCUCCCUCUUCUACUUCACCUUCUGGUCCAUUAUGCGCGGCGCCAACUUUGCCAGACCCAGUGCGCUUCACCGGGGCUAUGUCAACAUUUGGUUGUUCAUCCUCGGCUGGGCUACCCUCGUUGCGGUAACCGUGACGGAGGAUCGCUUCAAGCUCGGUGCCGGCUACCCCAUCGUCUUCCUACAGACCGCUGUCUGCCUGACCACCUUCCUCACUCUCUGCGAACUCUUUGCCUUGCCCAAGAAGACCGCCUGGGGUCAGCAAGUUCGGGAGGAUCAUGAGGUUCACGAUUAUUACCAGCCCCAGUCGGGCAACAACAAUACUCGUACUGAAUCCCCUCCCCCAUUGCCGCAGAUCCCUCACCAACCAUCUCUAGUGCCGCCCGCCACGCGGGACUCGAAUGCUUCCACUCUGCGCCAGGGAGACGGUAACGACACGGACGACGAAGACGCGGCAGUACCGACUGAGCGCACGCCGUUGGUGGGCGGUGGUAAUGCCACGAGCGAGCACUUCCGCACGACCUUUGCUACGACGUAUCGCCGUUCGAUCACAGCGUUGGUCAAUGGAGCUCGCAAGUACGGGCAGGAUGGCGACGAGCCGUUUGAGCAUGAGCAGGCUUGGUCUGGACGCUUGCCUUCUUGGCUGUGGUUUUUCCAGUUUUUGAUUCUGGGGCCGUUUACGAUUAUCCUGGCGGCGCAGACGGGAUUGAUGCUCGUGGAUGCUGUUCAUCAGACUGGUGCUGAUGGGAGCAACUUGCUGCUGCCGUAUUUGAUUGUUUUCGCCUUUACGGUGUUGGUUCUGCUGCCCAUUACGCCGGUCAUUCAUCGGAUUAGCCAUCACAUUCCGGUUUUCUUGUUGGUGGUGUUUGUUGGCACGCUGAUUUACAACUUGGUGGCUUUCCCGUUUUCAGAGGAAAGUCGGUACAAGGUGUACUUUGUUCAGCAGAUCGAUCUCGACACGGCGGAUAACCGGGUGUGCUAUAACGGGGUGGAUGAGUAUGUUCACAAGAUCAUUGCUGAGCUGCCGUCGGCUUCGGGGAGGAAUGUUAGCUGUGGGGAGUCGAAGCGGGCGGAGCUGGUCAGUUGUUGCUAUGACGGGGUCGAUGUUGCCCCUCGGCUGGGAAGUGAGACUCCUGAGGAGGACACACCAAUUGAGGAGAUCUACAAGAGCCUUGCUACUGUCACUGCCACGCGCGGUGAGGGGAACAAGGCCCAGCUGGAGAUCGAGGCCGACAAUACCAAGGCAUGCUUCUUGGAGUUUAAGCAGCCCAUCUCGGGAUUCAAUGUUCAAGGAGGUUCGGAAUGGGAUGAUAGAUUUGGGCAGUUCCCUGAGGGUGGGAUUAAGCAGUUGAAGCUGUGGCAUCGGCAGAGAGGGGAGAGGUGGGUUGUUGAUGUUGAGUGGAAGGAUGCUGAGAAGUUGGAGGGACAGGUGGUUUGUGCUUGGAGUGAUGCUAAUGAGGCGGGGACUAUUCCUGCAUUGGAUGAGGGGUUGAGAUAUUCACCUGUUUGGGCGGCGAUUACAAAAUUUGCGGAGGGGUUAGUAGAGGGACGGAAGGGGUUUUCGGUGUAGAAUGAGAUGAGCAGGGAGUGAGAGCAGUGGGAAAGAUGGGAAGCGUGAGUUGUGGUGUUCAGUGUGCCUGGAGUAUUCCUAGGUAUAGAUAUGGUGUAGGAAACCUAAUUGACCUUUCAGAUGUUACAUAAAAGACUGAGCAAACAUUGCGGAGUUUUGAGCAGAUGUUUGCAUGUUUUGCCAUGGCUCACCUUGUGUCAGGGGUAGUUUGCUAUUUCGGUCUCAUGUAAAGUGCUGGCAGCAACCAUUUCGCCUCAAGGACAGGAAUAUCCUGUCAUUCCUCAUUAAAGGCAGUCAAGCACAGAUCGAACAUGAUCAGGCAC